AUGGAGCAAGUUGGGCCUUUCCCCGUCACCGACUCCGGCAACUGCUAUGUCCACAUGGCUAUGGACUACUUCACAAAGUGGACAGAGGUGUACGUGGUGCUGGAUCAGAGCACCACCAUAACAGCGGAGGGGCUGGUGGAAGAGAUGUUCGCCUGCUUCGGAGUUCCAACCGAGCUCCACAGUGACCAGGGGCAAAACUUCGAGUCCCAGGUCUUCAGUGAGGUCUGCCAGCGGCUGGGGGUGAAAAAGAUGAGAACAACACUACUCCAUCUGCAAAGUGAUAGGCUGGUGGAUUGGUUCAAUCACACCCUGCCCACUCAGCUUGCCAUCCUCACCAGCCAACACCAGCGGGACUGGGACCGCCACCUGCCCCUGGUCCUGUGGUCCUAUGGGACUGCUGUCCAGGAGUCCAUUCAAUACACACCUGCUGCCCUCAUGUUUGGGCGGGAGCUCCAGACACCGGUUGACUUGGUGUUUGGGUCCCUGCCUGAGCCUGAGAUUGCUGGAGGGGAUAGAGAUGGACUAUACUUCCGAAGACUGAGGGAUCGCCUGCAAGUGGUCCAUGACUACACCUGCUGGGCCCAAGCCAACUCCGGGCACCGAAUCAACACUAGCGAAGGCCAACCUGUCCGACAACCGGCUCGGCGCACGCCCCUGGGCUUUCAACAAGAAAAGGAGCGGCACCUGAAGAGCAUGCUAGAGGCCGGAGUGAUUACACCAUCCACUUCGGAAUGGGCCUCUCCAGUGGUGUUAGUUAGAAAGAAGGACAGAGGUGUGCGGUGGUGCAUAGAUUAUAGAAGACUCAACGACCUGACUCUCAAAGAUGCAUAUCCACUGCCGCGGAUCGAAGAGUGUCUGGACACCCUCGAGGGGGCCACUGUAUUCUCGACUUUAGAUAUGCAAAGUGGAUAUUGGCAGAUUGGAGUGCACCCGGAUGAUCGUGGAAAGACAGCCUUUAUAACACGCUAUGGGCUGUUCGAGUACACCCGAAUGCCCUUCGGGCUGUGCAAUGCGCCCGGCACAUUUCAACGUGCGAUGGAGGUGGUGUUGAGAGGGUUACAGUGGAGACACCUGCUUGUAUACCUCGACGACAUCAUUGUGCUGGGGCGUGGAGUCGAAGAGGGUCUGCAGAGCCUGGGGAAGGUCUUGGAGCGCAUCCUGGCGUACGGUCUCAAACUCAAGCCAUCUAAAUGCCACCUGCUGCGGAGGGAGGUCCUGUUCUUGGGGCAUGUCGUGAGCGGAGACGGAGUCAGCCCGAACCCGGAGCUUGUGAAGUCUGUGAACGACUGGAGGACCCCAAGAAACCUCACUGAGCUCCAGGCUUUUCUCGGCUUGUGUAACUACUACAGACGGUUUGUGCGAGGAUUUGCCCAUCUGUGCAGCCCCCUCUACGAACUUCAGAAAAAGGGGGAGGAGUUUAAGUGGGGCGACACACAACAAGUAGCCUUCGAGGAGUUAAAGGCAAGACUCACCACGGCACCUCUUCUGGCAUACCCCACUCGAGAUGGACUGUUUCUGCUCGACACUGACGCGUCCAACACAUGCGUCGGAGCUGUCCUGUCACAGAUGCAAGCAGGAGAAGAAAAGGUCAUAGCCUACGCCAGUGCACAUCUGCAAAGCACACAGCAGCGAUACUGCGUCACACGCCGAGAGCUUCUGGCUGUAGUCCGCUUCACACGGCAGUUUCGCCACUACCUGUUGGGCCGGUCGUUCAUCAUCCGGACGGACCAUAACAGUUUGAUUUGGCUGUUUCGGUUCAAGAGCCCAGAAGGCCAGCUGGCGAGGUGGAUCGAGGAGCUGAGCCAGUACGACUUCAAAAUCGAACACCGGCCAGGAGUCAAGCACAGCAACGCGGACGCGCUGUCCAGGUCACCCAAACCCGCCUGUGACUGCUAUCAUGCUGGGGAGAGUCUGGACUCGCUGCCUUGUGGAGGUUGCUCCUACUGUCACCGUGAACACCACCAUUGGGCAAGGUUCAGCGACGAUGUGGAUGAUGUGGUCCCGCUAGCGAUCCGUCGAACUGACUCGGAAGAGAACACCUCCGGAGCGGCAGAAGAGGGCGUUCCACCAUCGGCUCCAGGAGGAGAGGCAGGAGGCCUAACGAUGCACAUCGACGUGGUUGGACCGCUCCCAGUAUCCAAGAUGGAGAACCGAUACAUCCUUGUGAUGGUGGACCAGUUCACGCGCUGGGUGGAGGUGGCCCCGAUCCCCGAGCAAACUGCAGAGAUCACCGCUCAGAAGCUGCUACAGGAGUUCCUCUCCAGGUUUGGAGUACCCCUGGAGAUCCACACAGACCAGGGACGCAACUUCGAGAGUGCCCUGUUUCGUGAGCUCUGUGAACUUCUCCAGGUGGCCAAGACCAGAACGACCCCCUACCAUCCUGCGUCGAAUGGUCAAGUCGAGAGGUUCAACCGAAACCCAGAAUCCCUGGACUCAUCCAUCCAGAGCGCCCUGUCGGCCCUGUUCCCACCCUUUGAGGCCACAGCGCCCAUCGUCCUCAGCCAGCUGUUUCGCACCAUCGAGGAGCGCUACAACGGCGAUGCCCUGCAGUGCCUACUGGACUUCCUCAUUCCCUCCAAACAUCUUCUUGAGAGUGUUCAGCAGGCAGCAUGUCACCUGUGA